GUGCAGAUUGACGGCAAGGAGCGUUCGUAAAGAUUGCUUCUGGAAGGACUCUGGUAGAAGUCGACAAUCUCGGUCGGACUGAGGCGAAGUCUCGAUACAAUACUUAGGAUUGUAGAAUUCGGCGAUGCGCAUGGCUGGGGCUCUAGUGCAAGCUCGUCGCACUCCCUACCUCCGAGCCUUUUCACUCUAGGUAGACCGACAAUCGCGACCGCCCGUAGCUCGUUUGGAGAUCAGAACGACCUUAGGGGGUGCAAACCUGCUAGCAGACACUGUACGGCUUCAAGUCUCGCAUCCGUGUCCUCUUUCUCCAGAAAACGAGGCCGCACCCUCUCUAUUGACCCCUGCCCUCUACAUCCCAGAAUUCUCGUAGUGCGAGCGGUGGCACACUGACUCCCAACUGAGUAUGCUUAUACGGAUUUUAUCACAUAGCUGACGCUCCUGGCGCGACGUGUCAGGAGUAACUUCGGCGAUUAGCUUCUAUAGUUUUUAGGCGCCUUAAAUACAGCCGUUAUAGCUCGUGCCGCUGCUUCCAGCGGACGGACGUUGGAAGUAGACGCGGACGUGAGGGGACGAUUUUCUAGGCGCCUAUAACUCAUGCCGCCGAAAGCAUCGGACGAGCUUUGGAAGUAGACGCGGACGCGAGGGCGUAUACGGGAGGACGGCUGAGCACCUCUCGUGAAAUAUCUGUUUCUGAAGGACGCUGGCGGCAGGCGGCGGAGGAAAGCGAUGGAGAGCAGAAGGGAGAAGGGGAAAGAGCACGCGACUAGUUCACAACCGGCAUCGAAACAAGAUUCGGCAACGAAACGAGAAGCAGAAUCGGCGUCAAGACAAGACGCAGCGACAAGACAAGCCCCCGCGUCGAGGCGAGAAUCGUCGGGCCAGCAGCAGCAGCAGCAGCAGCAGCAGCGGAUACCCCUCCGCGUGAUGGUGCACGAGUGCAUGCAGCGCUGGUUCCGACAGACGCAAGCCGAGGCGGAGAGCGGCGUCGCUCCCAUGCAGACGCUGCUGGCCCAGAUGUACCUCUCGGGCUACGGCGUCAAGGCGGACCCAGGGAAGGGCAAGGAGUGGCUGAAGAAGGCAGCUGAGAAGGAUGGACAGGCUCGGAUCAUGCUGCGGUCGAUAAAUGGCAAGUCCAGCAGCACGGCUGUGUUCGAUGAUGACUUCUAGUCGAGACUUGCUCUUCAUCUCUAUAUCCUACAUAAAUGACCACCUGGGUGGGCCACACAGGCAUAGCCAGAAGUUGUGGUUGCUUGGGGGGUGUGUGGGCCAUCUGUAACGUGUCUACUACCGGUAGUUGCUGUUAACGUAGAAACGAAUGAUUACUAGAGGUGGAAACCUAGAACAAAUACUAGUUGGUUGUACUCACUAGAAGCAUACCUCAGUCUAGCCUAUAACUUCUACAUAGAUAAUAUAAACGAAUGAUUACUAGAGGUGGAAACCUAGAACAAAUACUAGUUGGUUGUACUCACUAGAAGCAUACCUCAGUCUAGCCUAUAACUUCUACAUAGAUAAUAU